AUGUCGCACUAUGAUCGUUACGGUCCGGAGCGAUACGACUCUCGGUAUGAUCGCUCUGGCCCAUAUCAGCCCCCUCCUCCUGAGCCGCAAGAUCGCCAACCCUACUGGAGACACAGCGGUGGUCGCGAGGAUCCGGACGCGAGGCGUUCCAACGGCUAUGAGGGGGAGGUGCGAGAUCCCUACGCUGGUGUGCCCACCUCGAGGGCGGGCCAGGACCCUUACUUAGAUGCAGACAGGAGAUACAACCCAUAUGGGGACCCGGAGCGAAGGUAUGAUGACCGGGAUUACCGCGGCUAUCCCCCGCCACAGCCGCCGCCGGGAUAUGAUCCCUACUAUGACCCAUACCGCCAGCACUACCCUCCACCGCCCGGAGCUUAUGGAGGAGGUGCCUACGGAGGAGGUUACUACCCACCGCCCGGCUACGGGCCGUAUGGUCCUCCACCCCCAGGAUAUGGCCCGCCCCCACCAGGGUAUGGAUACCCUCCACCGCCAGGCUACCCCCCGCCUCACUACCCUCCACCACCCAGGGCCUACAGCCCUGAGCCACAGCGCGACCCGCCUCCCAAGCGGGGCGGCGGGAAGGGGCAAAAGUCUAAGAAGGACAACAAUUCCGGCCGCGGUGGUGGUGGUGGUGGUGGGGGCAAGCGGAAGCGAGAGGCCUCGCCGGAGAACGUGCCGAUGGAAGCGGGGGAAGUCCGGCUGAACUUCUCAGAGGUGCUUCCCAGAUUGGUCAAGGCUGCCCAGGAGCAGGAGGGGAGCCGAUUCCUGCAGUGGAAGCUGUCGGGAAACGCGAGCGAUGAAGAGCGAACGCAGAUUUUCGAGAAAGUGCUGCCUGAUGUCGUCCAGCUGGCCAAUGAUGCGUUUGGGAAUUUUGUGGUGCAGAAGCUCUUCGAAGCGGGGAAUGAUCAGCAGCUGGGUGAUUUGGUCUCCAAAGUCAAAGGCAACGUCCUUGACCUCUCCAAGGACAAGUACGGUUGCAGGGUGGUCCAGAAGAUGAUGGAGAAGUUGCCUCAGAAUCUGAAGCUGGACAUCGCCUCGGAGAUGGUCGACAAUGUCAUUGAGUGCAUCGAGGACAUGAACGGGAACCAUGUGAUACAGAAAGUGGUGGAGAACCUGCAUCCUGAGGUGGAUUUCAUCAUCGACGCUGUGUCCCGCAAUUCGGAGACAGCGGAGCAAAUGGCCUCGCACAUCUACGGAUGUCGCAUCAUCCAGCGACUACUGGAGAACUGCGAGUUGGAUCGCCUCAGUGGCGUCCUGGACCCGAUAGUGACGGCGGCCAGCAAGCUCUCGAAGGACAAGCAUGCCAACUACGUGGUCCAGUGCAUUCUGCAGAAGGGUCGCCAUGAUGACAAGCGAAGCAUCGUGCAAACCAUCAGCCAGAACGUGCUGGAGUUCUCCAAGAACAAGGUCUCAAGCAAUGUGGUGGAGAAGUGCCUGGAAGUGACCUCCGAUGGCCCGGAUGCCGAGAGCCUGGAGGAGGAGCGCACAGCGCUCUUCGCUGCGGUCUUGGGCUCCCCGGGAGACCAGCGUGCGCCUAUAAACCAGCUCAUGACCGACAAGUUCGGCAACUAUACGGCCCAGCGCAUCAUCCAAUACAGCCGCGGGGAUGACUGGAAGGAGCUUAGGAGACGUAUCGAGGUGCUGGAGAAGGACCUCAAGAACUCCCCCACAGGUCGACACAUCCUCACGGCCCUGGAGAAGAAGAAGAAAGCUGAGGGCGAAGCAUAA